AUGACGUGCAAAAGCUUCAAGGCCAAGACUGCGGUUGAGCGGAAAGCGUUCGUGGAGACCAACCGAUUGUGCUUCAACUGCUUAGGCAAUCAUUUCUUAGCACGGUGUCAGUCAAAAAAGAAUUGCCUCACCUGCAACGCACGACACCACACCAUGCUGCACGGGGCAUCCACAUCAACACCAUCCGCUGAGGCCACUUCACUUGCCACCACACUGGUCACUGCACGGCAAGCUAAGACGCACAAGGCCGUCCUUCUCGCAACCGCUCGCGUCAAGGUCGCUGAUCGAUACGGAUCACCACACGAGGUUAGAGUCUUGAUAGAUCAGUGCUCCGAGGUGUCCAUCAUCUCUGAGGCUCUGGCUCAGCGUCUUCGGCUGCCUCGAGCUUCAACGGAUCUGUCCAUCUUCGGCAUCGGAGGGACUCGCUCUGGAUCAGCGCGUGGCAAGGUCACGAUAGACAUCACAUCUGACGUGACCAAUGCCGAGCUUCGCGUGGUGGCCUUUGUGCUGCCGCGCAUCUCAUUGCAACAAGGCACCGCUCAACGUGAAGAUCGUAGCUGGCCUCACAUCCACGGACUUCGAUUGGCCGACCCGCGCUUCCUGGAUGACGAUCCUGCGGAGUUACUUCUGGGAGCAGAAGAACGCGAGCCAGUAGCUGGGACACCGCUCACCGCCGACGAAGCCAGGUGCGAAGACUUCUACGUGCGCACGGUCACUCGCACGUCCAGUGGCAGGUACAUGGUGAGGCUGCCAUGUACUUCACCGCCGCCGACAUCGCUCAGCGAGACUCGUCGACCCGCAGAGCGCCUCCUGGAAGCCAUGGAGCGGAAGGGAGCACGAGAUCCUCGCUUCGGUGACCUCUAUCGAGAUUUCAUGGAGGAAUACGAGAACCUGCAACAUAUGGAGCGCACACGGUCCGGAGAGUCGCUGAACGCACACCUCCUCACUGGAGCCAAUCUCUUGCCAACACUCGCUGAUGUCCUACUUCGUUGGCGUUGGCAUCGGUACGUUCUCGUCACGGAUAUCGAGAAGAUGUACCGACAAAUUCUUGUACAUCCGGAGGAUCGUCGCCUGCAAACCAUCUUGUGGCGCCACACCAGCUCUGAUGACGUCCACGAGUACGAGCUGAGGACCGUGACCUACGGGCUAGCGUGUGCACCCUUUCUCGCCAUCAGGACUCUUCAUCAACUCGCAGCAGACGAAGAGGCACGAUAUCCACGCGGAGUCAAGGCACUGCGACACGACUGCUACGUCGACGACGUGGUCACCGGCGCUGAUAGCUUGGAGGACGCUAUCGACCUUCAGCAGGAACUACGGAGUCUUUGCAUGGUGCUCACCGGAGUUCCACCGGAACAUCGGCAUCAACGCAAACCGCACUCAUGGGAGGGAGAGAGUCACGCUACCUUGGGCCUCCGAUGGCAUCCGCAAGGUGACUGGUUCUCCUUCACCAUACGUCCGCGUGCAAUCACCGACUUCACGAAGCGACGAGUUUUGGCCGAGACGGCUCGACUCUUUGACCCGAUGGGGUGGCUCGCACCUGUCGUCAUCAGAGCCAAAAUUCUGAUUCAGACGACGUGGCUUCAACGGCUGGACUGGGACUCCCCGCUGCCUGAUCAGGACGCACACCGCUGGAGGCAGUUGUUGAAUCAGCUUCCUCUUCUAGAUGACAUCCGCAUAACUCGCUGGCUCAACACUGGGACCGACCAUUCACAACUGCAGCUCCAUGGGUUUGCCGACGCAUCAGAGCGAGGGUACGCCGCCGUGGUGUACAUCCGCAACGCUGCAACAGAGAAAACAUCAAUCAACCUGUUGAUGGCAAAAUCCAAGGUCGCACCUGUCAAGCAGGUGUCGUUACCUCGCUUGGAACUCUGUGCAGCAGCUCUACUUACCACGCUCAUGCUCCACGUGCGCUCUACUCUCGGUUUGACAACGACGCCAGUGCAUCUGUGGUCAGAUUCAAAGGUCACGCUCCACUGGAUUCAAGGACACAGCACCCGCUGGAAAACCUUUGUCGCCAAUCGAGUGUCUCAGAUCCAGACCCUGCUGCCAGACGCUCAAUGGAGACACAUCGCUGGACGAGAGAAUCCUGCAGAUUGUGCAUCACGCGGUGUUACUCCUGACGAACUCAUUAAGCAUAAACUGUGGUGGACAGGACCUACCUGGCUGUCAGGAGACGAGACUGCAUGGCCUUGUUCCGUCAUCGAAGCCGCAGAGGAUGACCUCCCGGAGCAGCGAGCCACCAGUUUGGUGGUCAAGGCACCGAUCACGGCCGAACCUGACCUCCUCCUCCGGUUCCCGAAGCUACAAAGGCUGCUGCGAGUUACUGCAUGGUGUCGGCGAUGGCUCAAUCCGGCGAGACGCGACGUCAUACUUGGCCGCACUUUGCAUCCGGACGAGCUGGACGUCGCCUUAUUUCGAUGGCUGCGAGUGGUGCAGGCGCUCCACUUUCCUACGGACGUAGCUGCGGCCUCUGCUGGACGCACUAGUCCACCGCGAAGCCACCUAGCGAGGUUGAGUCCGGUCCUCGAUGAUCAAGGCGUGCUGCGCGUCGGAGGACGUCUCAAGCAUGCUCAGCUACCACUCGACGAAAGACAUCCAAUGAUCAUCCCGGCGGCAUCAUGGUUGACUCGGCUGGUGAUUGAUUCCUGCCACCGACGGACACUGCACGGAGGUGUGCAACUGACUCUCGGCUUGCUCCGCCUGCGUUUCUGGGUGCCCCGAGGAAGGACCACCGUCAAACAGCAGCUACACCGAUGCGUGACCUGCACUCGAUGGCGCGCCGCAACACCACAGCCUCCGAUGGGUAACCUUCCUCGGGACCGAGUAACGCCAACUCGACCGUUCCUCAGCACCGGUUUGGACUACGCGGGACCAAUCCUCCUCCGGACCAGCAAGGGGCGUGGACACCGUGCGCACAAGGGAUACAUCGCCGUCUUCGUCUGCUUCUGGUCGAAGGCCAUUCACUUAGAAGUUGUCUCGGACUACACCUCGGAGGCCUUCAUCGCCGCGCUGCGCCGCUUCAUCUCCCGCCGGGCGGCCCCGCACUUUGGUGGUUUGUGGGAGGCCGCCGUAAAGUCGACCAAGUUUCACCUCCGUCGGGUGAUCGGCGAGACCACCCUCACGUUCGAGGAGUUGAGCACACUCCUCGCCCAGAUCGAAGCUUGUCUGAAUUCACGUCCGUUACAGGCACUCUCAGAUGAUCCAGAGGACGUCUCGGCGCUGACCCCCGGUCACUUCCUCGUUGGGGCACCGCUCCUCGCCUUGCCGGAACCGUCAUUGACAGAGCAGACGGUGUCCACCUUGUCACGUUGGCGUCAUCUGCAGCGGAUGAGGGAUCACUUCUGGCAGCGAUGGUCAUCCGAAUACGUGCACGGACUCGCCCCACGCACCAAGUGGCUCAAGGAUGCACCUGCACCCCACGUCGGCGAUCUCUGUCUCGUGCGCUCCGAGAUCACCCCUCCGAGCCGAUGGCCUCUCGCUCGCAUAUUGCGUUUGCACCCCGGAGACGACGGAAUUACACGCGUCGUGACCAUCCGAACGGCCACGUCCGAGCUCGUGCGCCCACUCGUCAAGCUCGUGUUUCUUCCGGGCGUGAACGACGCGCCUACACCGCACAUUGACACAUAG